AUGCCUCGGAAAUGUCGAAGACAACGACAUUCUCGGAUUGCUGUAUUACGUCGACAUCAUAGUCAAGGUCAACAUUUUUCAGAUGAAGAAGAAUAUUGUAGCACAAUUCCCAUGGAAAUAGAAAUGGAAGAUCAAGAAGAUGAUGGUAAUGGUGAUGAAAUGGAAUUCAAAAUGAAGGUGGAUGGGCCAAAUAUUAGUGAUAUGUUUGAAUUAUGCAAACGUGAAUGUGAAUCACGUAAGCUUUCGGUGCUUAUAUACAUGAUUCUGCGGUACUUGGGUCAUAACUGGCGACAGAUCGAUGAUAUUCUUCAUCAAAUUGGUGUGAAUCAAUGCAAGAUUGCUCAUAAAUGGGCGUUAACCUUCUUGGACGGUGGUUUUGGCGUGUUUGAUGAUGACGGACGAGGUGGUAAACAUAACGAUGGAUUUUACGAUCAGUUUCCUGAACUCGAGAUUCAAGCAAAGGCUUUCGCAGUUGAAGCUUGUUCUAAAAAAUCAGCAAGUUUUACUACUGUUGAUUUGGCUAAAUAUCUGGAUGAACAGUUUUAUGAAAUCACUCAAACUUCUAAGGUCAACGCUAGUUUGGUUCGUUCUGCCGAAAGUUGCCGUCUCGACCUUAGACGUUGGGGUGCCAAGUUUCAAUCAAAUAGCCAGCGUCCUUAUUUUGAGGGACACGAGAGAGACGAUGUUGUCAAACACCGUCAAGAAUUUAUAUCUUAUUUCUUAGAACGAAAAGAUCGAUACUAUACAAUUUCAGAAGAUGAACAGCCACAGUGGAAUUUGCCAACUGGAAAACCAUGUGUUUUGAUCUUUCACGACGAAUCGACGUUCAAGAGUGGAGAAGUAUCAGCGAAACGUUGGACGGUAGACGGACAUACUCCAUUUUUUUCCAAAGGCCGUGGUCGAAGCCAUAUGAUUAGUGAUUAUUUAGUUCAACAUCCUUCAGGUCCCUUUUUCUCACUCUCCGAAAAGGAAUAUGAGCAGGCAACAAGAGCUUAUCCGAACCUUUUGUCGGAUUCUGAUGAUUUGAAUUUUAAUCGCUUUUCAGCAACGGCUGGCAUCAACGUGGGCGAACAAGGCUAUUUCGAUAACGUAACUAUUUUAUGUCAAUUCGAACGAUUGUUCCAGCUUCUUCCGUUCAAGAAAGAAUACAAAGAUCAUGAUAUUGAAGUGGUUGUCGACAACGCCAGAACACAUUCGGCUAAGGAAUAUAAUAUCAAUGAAUUUGGAAAAGGAAUUGGUACAAAUUGCCCAGUUCGUGCUCUCGAAUAUCUCAAUUGUAAUGGUUAUACCGUCUAUGUGCCGUGCUAUUUCGAGAAAGAUAAACAUCAGGGAAAGUCCAAGGGAUUACUGGAACUGGCCAAGGAUCUAAACGUGGCUGUUCAUCCUUCAAUCAAGCUAACAGAACUUCGUGCCCUUCUCUCAAGCCAUCCAGCGUUUCAAACUACAUCGAAGCUAGAAAAACUAGCAAGUAAGUAUAAUAUUAAGAUCAUCUUUGUACCUAAGUUCCACUGCGAGCUAAAUGCCAUCGAAGGCUUAUGGUGUCAUAUGAAGUAAUUUAUCAGGAAAAUGACUGACCAAACAUGCCUUACUAUUAAGCGUCUUAUUCCAGAAUCUCGAAAGAAUUUUGAUGAAAAACAAAUUCAAUUGAAGCUCUUUCGGCGGUUCUGGCGAUCUCUAAAUGCCUAUGCAGAAGGUAAAUCCUAUGGUGAGGUGCUACAAUUCUUUUUUAGCGGACUAAAUAAGCAAGAAGUCGUUUCACAUCGAAAAAUAAAUAAUACAGAACUCUUUUGAAAACUUUUCCCCUCAUUUCCCAUUGAAAAAAUAGAAAGUCUAAAAUUUGAAAGAUUCCAAAACUCAAAAAGAUUAUAAAAACCUACGAACUCAACCAAAAAAAUAUUAAAAAUAAAAAACUCAACCAAAAAAAUUACAAAACUUCAAAAUCAAAAAAAAUAAUCAGUGUCCUUCUCCGCAGUGCAUUCGGCUCUACGUGCCGGGGAAGAUAAACAUGGACUCAUAUUUAAAGUCGCAUGGCUAAGAAAUGCACAAUCUCACAUAUUUCAAAAAAGAAUUUUCUGUUGUUCGAAAGAUCAACACAGAAUUAUAACUACAUCAUAUUCAUCAAACAGUGACUCUCUUCAGCCAGUUGGGGGGGGGGGGGGGGGGAGCUGACCCCUCCAUCCCCCCCCCCGCCUGGAAAAACAGGAUAUCCAUCAUUGUUCCCAAAUCCUAG